UGGUGCAAAAUUGCAAAUGUUAUCUAUGAUAAAGUGCGAAGCGGGCGGAAAUGGAGCUGUCAAAAGAAGUAGUGGAGUAUUUGAAAAUAGCGGGUGACUGUAGUAAAAUAUCGGAAGAAUGGUUUGAACAGCUACUACCUAAAGCUGUUGCUACUAUAUUAGGGAAGUCAGUUACCUCCCCUGAGUUGGAUGAGCAGGUGAACAGUCAAUCUCCUAUAAGUGGUGCUUAUGGUGCUCUUUUAAUUUUGCUUGUGGAAGCUUCAAGAUUUAAUUUAACACCAGAUUCACUUGGAACUGCACUGCAGCAAGAGUACAGCUUUAAUGCUAAGCGAUGUAGUAGUGUAAUGCAAUCAUAUAUUAACAAUAAAAACAAAAUAAGGGCUGCACUUACUAACUUUGGACAGCAUCCUCCACAUGUUACUGAUGUGAAAUGGGAAAUGGAUUACUGUGUUAAGGUGAGCAGUCUGGGUCUUGUCCGUGAAGCCACUUACAACAUACAACUUGAAGUUGAAAGAUGUCAGGGCAAAACAGACAUAGAGGAAAAUACAAUAACUUUCUCCUGUUCUGUGGGUGAGCUACAGAACUUGGUGUGGAAACUAAAAGAAGCAGUCAAACACAUGGAUAAAAUCUGUCUUAAAUAACUGUGUCUCUGAAUGACCAGCAACAAAAUAGACAGAAUCAUUUUUUCACACAGACAGCUGUGUGUGCCACAACAGAUUAUUUCAUUUCUUGUGUAUAAGUUUUUUGUGGUGUAGUUCACAUAAAUCAUUAUCCUAUAAGUGUCUAUGUAUUUUCUGGAUGAUUGUCGUUUCACCCAUUGUAUCAAGAUAGUACCUGUUUUCAGUGUUGGGAAUGAUAAUACACAUGUUCUACUUCCAGAACUCUGUAUUUGUAAGUAACUUUUCUAAAUGGUGUACAAGCAGUGAAGAAUUUGCAUUACAUGCAUCUGUUGUUAAUUUAGUAUGAAGGGAACUUUUAAAUUGUACUGAUGGUUUCAAAGUAUGUAAUAGGAUUUUUAGCAUUCAGUUUCUGAUAAGUAUUAUUGUGAUAGAAGUUUUUCAACUGAUGGAAUGCUUCAUGACCAUAAAGUUAUAAAGCUAUUAUUAUUAUUAUUAUUAUUAUUAUUAUUAUAUUUUGCAUAUUUCAUUACCAAGUAUUCUAUUAUUUUGUAUUUGUGCUCAAUGUUCCAUUUAGUUUUUGUUAGAUGCUGUUAACCCACUUGCUGUAUUGAGCUGGCUGCAAAAUAUAAAUGACGAGAAACAGUAAGGAGACUGAAUAAACAGUGUGAUAAUACACAGUAAA